AAUAAAUCGCUAAGCUAUACAAAGAGACAAGAACCCUUCUAAGCAAAGCAGCCAGCUAGGAGGAGGAGAAAACCCAAUCAAAAUCAACCCACGAGCUCUUCCUCCCACCUCCAUGGCCGCCACCCACCCCCUCCUCCUCCUCCUCCUCGCCGCCGCCGCCGUCGUCGUCCUCGUCGUAGCGGCGACACCGGCGGCGGCGAGCGGCAACGGGACGUCGACGCCGACGGCGUACGAGAUGCUGGAGAGGUACGACUUCCCGCGGGGGAUCCUGCCGGUGGGGGUGGAGGGGUACGAGCUCCGGGAGGACGGGAGCUUCGAGGUGUACUUCCCGCGGGACUGCGAGUUCAUGCUGGCGAGGACGUGGCUGGUCCGGUACGGCGCCCGCAUCGCCGGCGCCGCCGCCUCCGGCCGGCUCACGUCGCUCCAGGGCGUCUACGUCAAGGUGCUCUUCGUCUGGCUCCCCGUCGGCGAGGUCGACCGCUCCGGCGACACUCUCAGCUUCUACAUCGGCCCCGUCUCCACCUCCUUCCCCCUCUCCGACUUCGCCCACAGCCCGCACUGCCGCGGUUACGACCACCUCCCCGCCGCCGCCGCCGCCGCCGCUGCCGCCUUGUGAUUGGGUAGAGAUGGGUAGUUCAUUAAUUAAUCUGGGUGAUUUGGCUGGGGUAAUUACGUGUAAUUAAUCACAGGUGCUCCUGGUUGAUUGGCUAUUGAUGCGAAUGGAAUUUACGCCACUAUGGGAUUUAUUUUGAGUAUAUCAUUUGGUGGCUUCUUUAUGAACAAGUGUUGGAUGCA